CAUAGUCUCUUGUCGCCUCUUUCUGUCAACAUGCAGUCAUCACAUGCCUCUCGAGGAGAUUCAUCAUCUUUCCCCAACAACGACAACAACGGCUCAAACGGGCCACCUUGCCGCUGUGGCAGAUCGACUAAUCUGCUGAAAGCCUGGACAGACGAAAAUCCGGGGAGACGCUUUUUCAGGUGCGCCGUUCACGGUUUCACCUCUUGGUUCGACAAAGAGGACCCCCAUGGUUGGCAGAUGAUUAGUCUGCUCGAGGCUCGAGAUGAGAUCCAGCAACAGCGAGGUGAAAUAAAAAAACUGAAAGCCCAGAUUAGGCUUCUGAAGCAGCAGAAGCCUCCACAUCAGACGGUGUCCGGCGAUAAUUUCGAAAUUACUCAGGCAGGGAAGGAGGUGUCUGGAGAAACCCAAUUUCUAGAGGCAGAGGCAUUGAAGGCGAGAGAGAGAGAGCGAAUGUUACAACAAGUGCUUCUGAUUUCCUGGGGAGGGUUUCUUGCCGCAACGGCCAUCAUCAUAACCAUGUCUAAGAAAUAAUCGGGUUCUCUCUUCUAUCUACUGAAUCCUUUUAUCUAGCUGCGUAUGUUUAUUUUCGGUCCCUGCUUUAUUGCUCUUAUUUCAACCCUAAUGCCAGUGUGCUGGUGAACCUGACCUUUAUCUUUCGAUCCGGGCGUCUUGUUGUUGUAUUAUUUUGGAACACAUAUGUUAUCAAUGUUUAAUAUAUUGUGCUUCAGUAAAUGCAGCAA